AUGGUCUUCUCACGAUCAGGGCGAUCUGUGUUUCCUUUGCUGCCUCCUUACGGCGCACACGAUCCAUCGAAUGGUCAUAUCAUUCCUUUACAUCCAGACGGGCUGACCCCCUACCUGGGUCUUCGAGCGCGACUCUCACAAGUAUGGAUCAACCGGUGGACCAUUUUGCUCGCUUUGAUCCUAGCACGGGUUCUCAUUGCGAUCGGAGGUGUUCGACACGACAUGGACUCAGCUCGGCGUGAGGCCUUGUCGGCAUGUACGUCGGUGGAGUCGAUGGGUAGUGCUAUGGCCUCCAUGCCUCACUAUCUCUCGACCGGUGUGAAUGAGUUGACGGCUUCGGGUGUGGAGCAUGCCGUACAGGGUCUCAAAUCGAUGCUCUUGCUCACGAUCACGGGUGUGGAGGAGAUCAUUCUCUUCAUCAUUAAAAUCAUGUACCAGACAUACCUCUGUCUGGCCACCAUGGUCGUGCGAGGCUCAGUGCAUGUGGCAACGGCCUUGAUAGAGGACGUCACCAGCUUCCUCAACUCCACCAUCAAAGGAGCCGUUGCAGAUAUCGACAAAGGCGUCAACUCCUUCGAGAAAUCCCUGAACGACUUUGCUGGCUUUGUCAACUCGGCCGCCAGCGCCUUUGGGGCGAAGGUUCCCACGUUGGACUUGAGUGGUCCCUUGAAAAAGCUGGAUGACAUCUCCAUACCAUCCUCGAUCAAUACGCAGCUGGACAAGCUGGACAACAGUCUCCCCACAUUUGAUCAGGUCCAAAAUCUAACCGAGACUGUGAUUCGAUUCCCCUUCGAAGAGGUGAAAAAACUCGUCAACGAUUCACUAGGGGUGUACACUUUCGACCGAAACGCAUUGCCAGUCCCUCAGAAAGAGCAACUAUCGUUUUGCAGUGACAACCAUGGGAUCAACGACUUCUUCGACGGGAUCACCAAGCUGGCGACGACGGCACGGACAAUAUUCAUCGUCGUUGUGACAAUCCUGGCCGUUCUCGUUUGCAUCCCGGUUGCGUGGCAGGAAAACCGCAAAUGGCGCCAUAUGAAGGAGCGCUCCCAGCUGGUCCGCAAAGAAGCCCACGAUCCAAUGGACGUGGUGUACAUCGUAUCUCGGCCCUACACGGCCGCAGCUGGAAUCAAAGCCGCCAGUCAUUUCAGCAACAGUCGUCGACAGAUCCUUGUGCGAUGGGCCAUAGCUUAUGCGACUUCCCUCCCGGCUCUUUUCGUGCUCGCUCUCGCCAUUGCAGCCCUCCUAUCAUGUCUAUGUCAAUACAUCUUGCUGACAAGCAUUGAGAAAACUGUCCCGCAACUCAGUGCGGAAGUGGGCGUCUUCGCCGACAAAGUCGUGGGCUCUUUGGAGAAUGCCUCGAUGGCCUGGGCAACCGACGCCAAUAAGGUGAUUCUCUCCUUGGACGACGACAUCAAUCACAACCUCCUCGGCUGGGUCAACACUAGUACAACCGCGGUCAACAGCACGCUUGAAACCUUUGUCGAAAAGACGACUGGUGUGUUGAACGACACCUUCGGAGGCACACUGCUUGAAAAGCCUGUUCAGGAACUCUUCAACUGUCUGAUCGGACUGAAGAUUCAAAGUGUUGAGAAGGGUCUGACCUGGGUCCAUGAUCAUGCUCAUGUCGCUUUUCCCUUGCUCCCCAACGACACGUUCUCCAAGGGCGCCAAGGAUAGCGUCUCCAAUGACGCCAACCCGUCUUCGAGUUUCCUUGCCGACGCUGGAGAUUCCACGUCGAAUAAGAUCACUCAGGUGGUGCAAAAUGUGAUCGACAAGCUGAAGAACGGACUUCGCACAGAGACCUUUAUUGCCACCGCUAUUCUCUGCGUUUGGAUCGUGAUCGCACUGGUCGGUAUCGUGCGCGCCAUGGCUCUUUUCUGGGGCCGUGAUCGAAACAGAGGUGAUGGCGGCGGUCACUAUGCGGAUUCGUCUCCCAACCAGCCCGGCCCCAGCGGUGCAGCAUCUGUCAUGGAUCUGCAAGCCGGUGAUCAGUCAAAUAUUCCCUUGACAAGUGUCUCAAGAGGGGAUGUAGGCAACGACAUGACAGCGGCCGGUCCUGCGCCAGACCGAGGUGAACAGUCCUUCAGCGAUGAGAAGCGGGGAUUUGCAGGGCAGAGAAAUUACCAGACUGCGCUUAGUAUUGAGGGUCAGCCUGCGUUGCGAAAGAGUAACUACGUCGAGUAUGGUGGGAAGAGUGGAUAG